AUGGGCCUGGCGGCACCUCGCAAAAGAACAAAGAUUUCACACGACCCAAACAAUACAAAUUGGGCUCGGUCAACAAGUGGAUUUGGCCACAAGAUCCUCAGCGCGCAGGGAUGGACUCCAGGCAGUUUCCUCGGAGCGCACAAUGCUGCACAUGCUGAUAUGUUCACUGCUGCAAGUGCAUCCCAUAUCAGAGUUUCAUUGAAGGACGAUACGCUGGGGCUUGGAGCACGGCCAAAACGUGAUCUCUUAGACGAGCCCACCGGACUGGACGCCUUUAGAGGGUUGCUAGGCCGAUUGAAUGGAAAAUCCGACUCGGACAUUGCAGCAGAUCAGCGCAAGGUUGAUGAUAUCAAAGUGGCUCGGUAUAUUUCUACGAGGUGGCAAACCAUCCAAUUUAUCAGCGGUGGCUUGUUGGCGCAAGAAAAGGAAGACGCGCAGGAAAAAGAGAAUUGUUUGCCUGCGCGUGAGUCUCGAGAUCGCCAAGGAAAUCCCGCGUCGCUAGACAUUGAGGAUAUCGAUUCUGAACAGGGGCCUCUGAAACAAGCCGAGAACACAAGCAAGAAGGGGGACAAGGAGAGGAAGAAAGAGAAGAAAGAGAAGAAAGAGAAGAAGGAGAAAAAGGAGAAAAAGGAGAAGAAGGAGAAUAAGGAGAAGAAAGAGAAGAAGGAUAAGAAAGAAAGUAAAGAGAAGAAGGAGAAGAAGGAGAAAAAACGAAAGCGAAAAGAGCAGGACCAGGAUACUGAUUCUGUAAGUCACGGCGAGGACGCACCAGAAUCGGAUUCCCAGACCGCUACAAGCAGCGGCAGAGAAAUGCCACUGCGCACAGCUAUGCCAUCAAGAGAGCGCCGUCCCUUGGGAAAACAUAUGCUCAGAGGUCGGUAUAUUGCGCAAAAGAAGAAAGCGCUAUUGGAUGAUAAAUCCCUAAAUGAGGUGAAUAUAUCCUACCCUUGUCUGUCCUUGGGUCCUCAUGAGCCUGAUGCUAACCUUGCCUAGAUAUUUAUGAUAAAAUCGUAACAAACUGUAUAUAGAACAUUGCGCUGAAUUAUUAUAGCUAGUAUCAUUAGUUGCAAGAUGUUGAACAGAGUAGAUCUCAGUCAUUCCAUCUGUUUGUGACAAGUAAUCUAAGGUAUGAAUACAUGAUUGCACCUGGGAUCACACGUGUAUGUAUGCCAAUCUUGCUGUAAGUACCGUAUGGACGUACAGUACUGUGUACUCCGUACAUGUCAGGAGUUGUAAUUGAUAAGAUAAGGG